AUGAAAGCAAUUUACUCUAUGUUUUUUUACAUAUCGUUAGCAAUUGCAUUAUGUCCAUCCAAUGUUUCCACGUUCUGUGGGAACGAUGAACAGAUCGAAGAUUUGAAAACGGCCCUAAUAAUUCACGAAACCAGUUACACAGUAAUGACAACAUUGAGCGCAAUACCGAUAACCGGUGCGGCGUUAACGUUCGUACACGUGAUGUCUGCCGGUCAGUUUGCUUUGCGAUUGAAUGAAGCGUUUGAUGAAAUGGAAAAUUCUUUGAAUAAGAAUCAUAUAAACUACAGUCAGUGUUUAGAAAUCUUAGAAAAAACGGAAACAGCAAACACAGUCAUCAAGUCAACUGGUCUUGGGUUCUCUCUUGCGUCAAUGAUACCGGGUGUCGGUUUGGCACUUUUACCUCCGAGGAUAGCUGCAUCGAUAUCUGCUAUGUUCCUUAUAAGAGACGGUUUAGCAUUUUGGCAAAAGACCGGUUGCCAAUAUGCUACAACAAGAGAUUGUUAUUUAUAG